AUGGACAAGGCACAGACACCAAGCUCUUUCCAGCAGCUGGAAAAGCUUGGUGAAGGUACCUAUGCGACCGUCUUCAAAGGCCGGAACCGCCAGACGGGAGAGAUGGUCGCCUUGAAGGAGAUUCAUCUUGAUUCCGAGGAAGGCACACCGUCAACAGCCAUCCGAGAGAUCUCCUUGAUGAAAGAGCUCAAACAUGAGAACAUCGUAUCGCUCUACGACGUGAUCCACACGGAGAAUAAGCUGAUGCUCGUUUUCGAAUACAUGGACAAGGAUUUGAAGAGAUAUAUGGAUUCAAGAGGGGACCAUGGGCAACUAGACUACGUCACAAUCAAGUCGUUCAUGCAUCAGCUGUUACGGGGCAUUGCAUUCUGCCAUGAGAACCGGGUCCUCCACCGAGAUCUGAAACCCCAGAACCUCCUCAUCAACAAGAAGGGGCAGUUGAAACUGGGUGAUUUCGGUCUGGCACGAGCAUUCGGCAUUCCCGUCAACACGUUUUCCAACGAAGUUGUCACUCUCUGGUAUCGCGCUCCGGACGUCCUCCUGGGCAGCAGGACGUAUAACACCAGCAUUGACAUUUGGUCCGCCGGGUGCAUCAUGGCAGAAAUGUACACAGGACGCCCGCUGUUUCCAGGGACGACCAAUGAGGAUCAACUGCAGAAGAUUUUCCGGCUGAUGGGCACUCCGUCGGAACGCUCCUGGCCUGGCAUUUCUCAGUUCCCCGAAUACAAACCCAACUUCCACGUAUACGCCACGCAAGAUCUGAGACUCAUCCUCCCACAGAUAGACCAGCUCGGUCUGACCUCCUCAGCCG